GGACGGAAGAAACAGAGUUGAAACAGAGUAGAUUGCAGUGAAGGGAGUAGGGGAGAGAGAGAGAGAGAGAGAGAGAAUGGCUCCAACAGUGGAUGCCUCUGCAGCGUCAAAACAAGCGGAACAGCUGAGGCAAAACGGCAACCAUUACUUCCAAAAAAAUCGGUUUGGUGCUGCCAUCGAUGCUUAUACUGGGGCUAUUGUUUUGUGCCCUGGUGUUCCCAUAUAUUGGACUAAUCGUGCUUUAUGCCAUAGCAAGCGGAAUGAUUGGGAAAAAGUGGAGGAAGAUUGUCGGAGAGCUGUUGAGCUUGAUCACAAUUCAGUCAAGGCUCACUACAUGCUAGGGCGGGCUUUGCUACAGAGGGAAGAAUAUGCUGAUGGAAUCAAGGCAUUGAAAAAAGCAUUGGAUCUUGGUGGGGGUGCAAACCCUAUGAGCUACAUGGUAGAGGAGAUAUGGCAGGAGCUUGCUAAAGCAAAAUAUUUGGAGUGGGAGCAUGAGUCUACUGAGCGUUCUUGGGAACUGCAAAAUUUGAAAGAAGCUUGUGAGAUUGCUUUAAAAGAGAAACAUUUAUUUGAUAAAUUACAUAUGGAAGGGUUUUUAGAUGAAGCUACCAACUCCAAUUCAGACCAAUUGGAGGCUCUGGGGCAGGUAUUCAAGAAGGCUGCAGAAGCCGACUUACCAACAGAUGUACCUGACUAUCUAUGUUGUAAGAUUGCGCUUGACAUUUUGCGUGAUCCUGUUAUUACUCCAAGUGGGAUUACAUAUGAGAGGGCAGUGAUCGUUGACCAUCUGGAGAAGGUGGGGGAGUUUGACCCAGUUACCCGUGAACCACUUUCUUUGUCCCAACUGGUACCCAAUUUGGCCAUAAAAGAGGCUGUACAAGCAUUCUUGGGUAAGCAUGGCUGGGCUUACAAGAUGGAUUGAUAAUUGGCUUAUUACUGGGAGCUUAGAGAGAGUUAAUAUUGGUUCUUAACAUGUCAUGGAUAAAUGAGGGUGAGCGUAAUGUUGUCUUUGAAUUGCACCAAAUCAAUUCUCAUUUUGGUGCAUCAUUGAUCAUAACUGGUAUGUAAUUUUGUGUUUCUUCAAUGGUGUGUUGCUCUGCUUUUUAUCAUGUUUGAGGUCUCAUCGGUCUUUCCCGAAUUGUAUAGUUCUAAAACUUUUGUACUUUGUACAGUUGAAUAGCCUUAAGCUCAUUUCUCGGGAGAUCUUUUUGGUUUAUCUUGUUUUGAUUUGAUGGUUUGCAAUGUAAUGUGACCUGGAUUGUUCGGAGUCUCCAAUACUCGAUGAGCCCCAAUUUGCAGCUACAUCUGCCUUUUUUUUUUUUUUUUUUUUUUUCAGCAGUUGUAAAAUCUUUUCUAGGAAAGUGCAGUCUGUGUAUUAUACGUAGAGCAGCUGAUAUUUCACCACUGUUGAAAAAGGUCCAGAGGUCUGAUAAUAAGGAGGUGAAUAGCUGGCACCUGCGUCCGAGUCCCCAUUCCCCCACUGGUGCUCAGUAGGGCAUUACCUCGAUGUACAGCUUGCUGGGGGUGGAUAACUGAAAGCAGCAGAGCAAGCAACGAGAUAUGUAGUACUGAAAAUUGAUUGGGAUAUGAAUCCUUUUUUUGGUAAGUGUAAUCUUUUACUCCAUUCGUACAAUGGGGAGGGUGGUAUAUAUAUAGCUAGAUUGCAACAGACGGCAGGUAUCAGUUAGUCAGUUUGUUGCUUUCCAGCGCCUUUUUUAUUUCUAUUGAUUUAUUUUUCUUACUACUUUUAGAUUUGAAAAUAGCUCAACAUUUUGUAGAAUUUUAUCUUGGAUUGAGAUCCAUU